AAUGGGGGGAGAAAGACGCCAGCCCGGUCAUCUCGUCUGUAAUAUAAACGUCUGCUGAACGGGAACAAAAGUUUCAGUGACUCGCUUACAGUUUUACCACACAGAAAUGGCUCGGAUUAACACUGAUCUUUACAAAAGUUCUAUUUUGUUAAUUUCUGUGACUGUUGUUUUAUUUAGUGACUAUACAAAUUCGAAGCCUAUUCAAAUUUUACAGAACAAACCGGGUUACAUCGGAGUGUACAUAAGACACGGAAAUGAACCAUUGAUAAACAUAAAUCCGGCGUUAGCUGAAGCCUUCCAUGAAGAAAUUAUUCAGAACGGAGUGAUACCAUUAGAAGAUCACGAAGAUUCAGUGAUUCAAAAAAUAACAAGCGAUAAUGAGAAGCCAGAAAAAUCGCGAAAUCCGAGCAACGGAAAAAAUUUCUUUAUACCUCUACCUCGUCCCUAUGUGGUUCACCGAAGCUCAUAAAAAAGAGAUUACAAAGAAGAAGGAAGAUAGUGACGUGGCACUGAACAAUCUCGAGGACAUGACCUUGAAAAUUAAAAUGAUCUGUAUUCUUCGACUUAAUGAUGUUACGAAAUUGUUAUUAUAAUUAUUGAGCUGUGCCCAGCCGAAAGAUUUUUUGUACACAAGUAAGGUAAAAAACAAAUAAAUGUUCAUUUGAUAAAAUA